AUGCAAAAUGCAAGAAAACUGAGAGGCAGUUCUCUCACCACAAGAUCCAACUAUAAUGACAAUAAGCUAAGCAAAGGUAACAAAUUCAACAAGGUCAGAGAAACGGCGGCCCAACCAUAUCCCACCUCUGCAAAGAAAUUCAAAACACAUGUCGAAAAACAGGAAACUAGCAUGAUUUCAAUCAGUACCAACAACAUACCAACAGAAAUGACAGAAACUAUUUCUCCACAAGAACCAAACGAUAGAGCCCCUAGCGAAAACUGGGCGGAAAUGACGGAAAACAAGAAGUUUGCGGCAUGGCCAUACCCAGGAACGAGAGGGAGACAUGAUGACCAGGCCUACCAAAGCACCAACCAGGAAAGUGAUAGGAAACCCGCAAGAUCAGAUGAAUUCGACACCGACAUGGACAGCGACUCAGAACUGGGCAGAGAAAUGGACGGCACAGGCUGGGUUCUCUACUGCAGAUACUGA